AUGUGGAUGUCGUUGCGGCCUCGCUCGCUCGCCGACUCGCCGGCUCAACAGCUGCUCAACCGUCGACAAGCGUCGGCUUCUUCCUCGACAUCCUCCGCCUCCCCAACAACAACAUCCGACAAUGGCUCCUCUUCAUCCGCUUCCGCUUCCGCUUCCGCAUCCGCAUCUUCAUCCUCCUCAUCCUCGGGCUCCUCCUCGGGCGGAAUCGCAAAUGGAGGCAUGGGCUCCCCAGCUUCCGGCACCCUCAACAGCACUCGCAUCGUCCUCGGCCGCGGCUUUGCAAACGGUCAGCUCACCUACACCGUUCCCAUCGCCGUCGCAAAUCAGCAGAUAAACGCUCAGCUCGACACCGGCAGCGGCGACCUCUGGCUCGCAAACCAGGAUUGCGAUUCCGACUCGUGCAAAGGUCACCAGGGCCUCAGUGUCCUCAAGUUCAACGACCGUGCAGACUCGGUCGUAGACCAGGACACCCCCUUCAACAUCAGCUACCUCCUCGGUUCCGCCUCGGGUCAGGUAAAGACCGCCUCCAUGCUCUUUGGCGACCCCGACACAUCGCGCCUCAUCGUCAACUCACAGGCAUUUGGCUCCUGCAACGACGUAUCCAACGAGGACAUGGACUCGGGCAACUUUUCCGGCGUCAUCGGCGUAGGCCCUCCCGCCAACAGCCUCAUCCAGGCCGACCUCAACGCCACCAGCAACACCGCCUUCCUCAACGUCGGCGUUCGCCCACCCGAGACCGGCGCCGUCCUCGCAGGCUUCUGGACAAACGCCCGUCCCGGUCGCAGAUUCAUGGGCAUCGGCCUCCAGCGCCUCGAAGAAGACGGCGGCAAGGGCGACAGCCUCCUCACCAUCGGCAACCACGACCCUGCCUACGCCGGCUCCACCGACCCUCGCAUCAACUUCACCAGCGCCGUCGGCGACGCAGACGGCGUCGUCCGCCACUGGCGCGUCCCGCUCACCGAAAUCAGCGUCCAGCUCCAGCACGGCGUCGUAGAACCCAUCCCCAUCGGCACCUCCAGCGUCAUCUCCGGCUCCAACCCCAUCGCCGUCUUUGACUCGGCCGCCAGCAUCAACCUCGGGCCCGAAGGCACUCUCAACGCCCUCUACGGCGCCUGGGGCAUCGGUCCGGCCUCCGACGGCGGCUACUACGUCCCCUGCGACCUCCAGAUGAACGUCACAAUCUCCCUCGGCGGCAUCCGCGUACCCAUCCACCCGCUCGACGCCAGCCUCCAGACCGGCUCGGGCAACGGCCCUUCCAAUGACGGCUCCUCCUGCCUCGGCUCCUUCCAGGCGCUUCGCUCGCUCUCCGGCUCCUCCAACGGCGCCAACCUCAACUCGAGCUUCCUCCCCGCCGACUUUGUUCUCUCGCCCGCCUUUAUGCGCAGCGCCUACACCGUCUUUUCGUGCGACGACGGCCUCAACACCACGCAGGCUCAGGCGGCCAACAUGACCGUCACUAGCCCUUGCCAAGCCGCCAUCGGCCUCCGACCGCUCGUCAACAUGACCGCCGCCACCCAGCAGUUCACCGCCGUGCGCAUCAAGAAGCAGAGCCUCGGCCAGUCCGGUCUGCACGGAGGACACUCUAGCUCCGGCUCGAGCAACUCCAAGGGCCUCUCCGAAGGCAUCAAGGUCGUCAUUGGCUGUGUGUGCGCCAUCAUCGUCAUUGCCGUGCUCUUUGGCGUCGCUCUCUGGAGGCUGCGCAGGCGCCGACGUCGCAUCGCCGCUGCUCGUGCCGCUCUCUACGCCAAUCAGGGCGAAAAGGGCGCAGGCCCUGCCGCAGGUGCUGGUGCAGCGGGCGCCGGUGGAGCGCUGGGCCACGCCAAGAAGCAGAGCAAUCCGUACAGCGUGGUCAAGAUCGACGGCCUCACCGUGCCCAUGGAGGUGCUCGGUAAGGACGACGACAGCAGCAGCCAGGUGGUGCUCUCGCCCGCCCAGCGUGCCAAGGCGCGCCAGCUCCACCACAUGCACGGCGUCUUUGACGACGAGCUCCAGGACGACGAGCUCGGCCGCGGCGUCGAUCCACAGUGGGGCGAGGAGGCGCCGCCCAACCCGCAACACCUGCACGCCGCCGGCCUGCUCUCGUGGGACGUCUCGUCGACCGGCUACGUCGAUGCACGUCAGGUCAAGAACGCCUACCUCGCGUCGCUGUCCGAGGACGAGCGCAAGGCGUUCCUCGAAUCAUCGGCGCGGCGCCCUGCCGAGCCCGAAUUCGCGCAGACCUCCGUGUCGUCGCCGCUGCAGACGCUGGAUGACCACAGCGUCCAGUUGAGCCAGACGCACCACGACGUGCGCUCCGACUCGCAGCGCAGCUCGCAGCUCUACUCGCAAAAUCGCUCGAGCGCACGCGCCUCGUCCCCCGCACCCCUGCUGCAGCACGACGAACUGCGUUGA